AUGUCGAGGUAUUCGUUAUACCCGGACCAUCUGGAUACGGUGUGCGGAAAUGAUCAAAACAUUGGCCUUGCCUAUAUUUACUUCAAUUUUCGGCGCUCUCACAAGCAGCGACUGGAAGAUGUGCUCGAGAGUCUGCUGAAACAGUUGACUCAAGGACGACCAUCUCUACUAGAUCGGGUGAAGGCACUGUAUCAUCAGCACUAUGAGGGCGGAAGACCAAGUGACUUUUCAAACGCCCUACAAACUGUUAUCAGCGGGUACAUGAAGGUAUUCAUCAUCGUUGAUGCGCUGGAUGAAUGCCAGUCGACAGACAGGUCUCGUGACCGGCACCUGAAAAUUUCGAACUUCAAGCCCGGUUUAACAUUAGCUUCUUUGCCACGGCUCGAUCUAUACCAGGAAUUAAGACGAGAUUUGAAGGAAUACCUUCUCUGGAGAUUAGAGCGAGUCGUUAUGACGCUGAGAAAUACCUACAGGGCAUUGUUGGUCGACUUCCGCGGUUAUCACAGAUGCGGUGGAUGGGAUGUUCUUUCGCGCUUGGCUCUCCAUCUUGACUCAUUAAUCGGGAAACGGUCUCCUAAAACCACUCGAAACGCAUUGAAGAGCCUUCCAACUGGGUUGCGCGCAUAUUAUUUUGCGUACCGAGAUGCCAUAGAACGGAUUCAGGGGCAGGUAUCUGACCAAAAAGAGAUGGCAUUUCAUGUGUUGUCGUGGAUCAGUUGCGCCGAGCGACAGACGACAGCUUCAGGACUGCAACACGCACUUGCAGUCGAGGUUGGCGAACCAACCCUUGACAAGGAUGAUCUUCCUGAAGUAGAAGAUAUGAUCUCUGUCUGCGCAGGAUUGGUCGUGGUGGAUGAACAAAGUGAUACCUGA